GAUACGUGAAAAACUCCGAAACAACACAAUUGGUUUUGCUAAUAUUGUUUAGUAAACAAAUAUGUACAAAAAAUUAUUGUUAAGUAAAAGCACUUCAAGGGGAUUUUCCACUCAAAUAAAAACAGCUAAAGCUAAUUUAAAAAAUUGGAAAAGUGUUGUCGGCUUAGAGGUGCAUGCCCAGUUGCUUACCGAUUCAAAAUUGUUUUCUGGUAGCAGCAAUGAAUUUGGAGCGCCGCUUAAUUCAGCGGUUUCACAUUUCGAUGCUUCUUUACCUGGCACUUUACCGGUACUUAAUAGGAAAUGCGUAGAAAUUGGCGUAAAAACAGCUAUUGCACUUGGUUGUCGGGUCAACGAAGUGUCUAUGUUUGACCGUAAACAUUAUUUUUAUGCUGACUUACCGGUUGGAUAUCAAAUAACUCAACAAAGAGCUGCUUUAGCAAACGAUGGCGAGUUGACAUUUCCUGUUAUUGUGCCGGGAAAGAAAACGUACUAUAAGAAGGCACGUCUACUGCAAUUACAAUUGGAACAAGACAGUGGCAAAUCUUUACACGACGAAGAAUUAAAGAGAAGUCUAGUCGAUCUUAAUCGUGCUGGUGCACCACUUAUAGAACUAGUAUUUGCACCUGAUUUAGAAACUGGCGAAGAAGCAGCAUCAUUAGUGAAAGAAUUAAUAUUAAUCUUAAAGUCCCUGCGUUCAUGUUCCUGUAAAAUGGAAGAAGGUGCACUUCGUGUUGACGCUAAUAUCUCCAUUCACAAGAGUGGUGAACCUUUUGGCGUACGCACUGAGGUAAAAAAUAUUGGGUCAGUUCGCAGCAUUUCUCAAGCAAUCACUUUCGAAAUACAACGCCAGUUUGAAGUUAUAUUAAAUGGUGGUGUUAUUACAAACGAAACCCGCUCAUGGGAUGCAACAACGCGUUGUACAGUGCCUAUGCGCGAUAAAGAAGUUUUACAAGAUUAUCGUUUCAUGCCGGAACCUAAUUUACCACCCUUACGUUUAAAUACGUCUACAACUGACACUUCCUGUAGCGAUGUUAUUUCUGUAUCUGCAAUCAGUAGUGAAAUACCUGAGUUACCAGAGGAUACUCGAUCAAAUCUAAUAAAAAAAUAUCAGCUUAGUCAGGAUGUUGCCGGAAUUUUAGUGAAUGAGACAAAAUUGUUACAAUACUUUAUAAGUAUAUUGGAGCAUGUUCCUGGCAUACCGGCGAAACUUGUUACAAACUUUUUAUUAAAUGAUCUCUUAACUUUUUGCAACAAAGCAAAUGUCGACGUCGAGGACUGUCAACUUAGCUAUAUGCACCUUGAAGAUAUUCUUUCAGCGCUUCAUGCUGGCACCAUAAAUUUACAGGCUGGGCGAGAGCUGAUUGAAAUCAUCCAUGAGGAUCCUUCACAAAAAGUCCAAACGCUUAUAAAAGACCACAAUCUGGAACAAAUUACUGAUGAGGAAAUGAUCGAGCAAUUCUGCCGGCAGGCGAUUGAACAACAGGAACAAGCUGUAAAGCAAUAUAAAAGUGGUAAAAAGAAAGCGCUAUUCGCUAUUGUCGGCGAAGUGUCGAAAUUGUCUAAACAAAAGGCUAACAUGAAAAUGGUCGUCGCUUUCCUAGAGAAGAUUUUAAAGUCAAAAUAAAGUAAUAAAAAAAGUGUA